AUAUUAUGCUCGUGAAUAAUAUAAAACGCUUCAUUAGUGUAGUUAAGUGGUACGGUUCAGGUAAAACGAAAGUAUUCAAACACCAUGUUUGCUUCAAGACUGCUGAGUUGGAGCAGUAUUUUGGCACUGCCUCCCUUUUAACAUAAUGUAAACAGAGCAGCAGUCAUACCUCAGAACUGCUUCCUUACAGGUACGCCUCAGGAGGCGAGCGGCGAGCGGCGAGACCUGGAUUUACGCGAUGCACUAAGAACAUAGCAGAUGGCUUAGGAAAUUAGCCAAAGUACUAUUAAAUUUCACUGAUCCCCGCUCUGUAAGACAUUUAUAAAAGAUUGCUACAUUUAAGUGCAUGUUUCUCGCUAUGGUUUAGAGUCCAUUCAUUACUGGCUAAAUUCCCAAAGGCAGGCACGAACUCGUCCACAGUUUCUAGUGACAUCGCACCAUGUCAAAUUCAUCAGAUCAGUUUGACAACUCAGACUGCGUGUGCUCGUUCGGAAUGAAGCUAACGUGGGACAUCAACGACCCUAAACUUCCACAGGACACGAAGCAGUACGAUGCGUUUCAGGAAUGGACAGAUGGUUAUGUUCGGUACAUAUACAGUGCCGAUGACAAAAACGCGCAGCGCCAUUUGAGCGGCUGGGCUAUGCGCAACACCAACAACCAUAACUGUCAAAUCCUGAAGAAAUCGUGCUUGGGCGUCGUGGUUUGCUCCAGAAACUGCACACUGGCUGACGGCACCAAACUCCAACUGCGGCCUGCCAUUUGUGAUAAAGCCCGCCAGAAGCAGCAAAAAAAACUUUGUCCAAACUGCAGUUCAGCUCUCGAGUUGGUUCCAUGCCGUGGCCACAGUGGUUAUCCGGUCACCAAUUUCUGGAGAGUGGACGGCAAGGCCAUAUUUUUCCAGGCUAAAGGCGUCCAUGAUCACCCGCGACCAGAGAGCAAGUCGGAAACGGAGGCAAGGAGAAGCGCAGUAAAAAGAAGACUGGCUUCUCCUCACUUCUCUCAGAAAAGAAGACUUGUAGAACAAGAGCCUGGCCGCUAUGAUAUGCCCUUCCCUAACAUCCACCAACUCACCAUGGAGACACCAGAUCGCUUCAGCAUCAUUGCUGAAUCCAAUUUCCCUAUCCAGACACAGCACUACACACCGUUCCAGAACACUGAGCCUUACAAGUUCCCCUAUGACACACAUGGCCCAUCAGCCAUGGCCGAUGCUGCAAGUCCUCUGCAGAAGCCUUCUAAUCAUCGUCUCUACAUGGCAAGACCCCCAUGCGGAUAUGACUUUGCAGGCUAUCUCAGCUCUUCACCCUACUCCACAGCCUUGUAUAAGGACCCUGUCAGCCCUCAUAGUGAGGCUGAAAAUAAAAGCUGCUCUGGCCUGAGUGGAAUGCCUCACACAACCAGUUCACUUCCAAACCAUGAGCGUUCUUAUCCAGAUGCGACCACCAAGCACCAUAGCUGGAAGCAAAUCCUGGGCAAAGGGCCAUAUGGAGAGAGAGGGGAAUACCCACAGCUUUCUAGCAAUGCAAGUCAUUAUUAUAACACUGACUACCCAUGCAGGUACACAGGACCCACUCCAACCACUCCAACAGCACUUCAGACCAUCAUAACCACCACCACUAAAGUGUCCUACCAGCCCUGCCCUAAACCUUCUCUGGUAAAAUAUGGUGAAGGCAUCUAUGACAUGAAAGGACUUUCAAACUGUAACUCUCUUUUAGAGGAGAUGUCUCCCAACUCUUACUCUGAACUGAAGCGGCCUGAAGAGGAUUCGAGCGUCAUAAAAACUGCUCUGUCCUAUCAGGAUGCUGCCCCAACAAAAAUAGAAAGAACAGAAAACUUUGAAGGCUAUCGUUACAGCAGUUACAGCUCCAACACCUGCCCUGAAAGACUGACAAAUCCAUACCGGUUUGAAGGUGGAGAGUUUUGAUGUUCUGCUUCAGUGCUAAUUUUCAGGGGACAGUGUAGAAGCAGAGAGAAGAAGACUAUUUUGCUGAUGAUUUUAAAUAAGACAAACAAGAACUGGGUAAAAAUCAUUCUUUCCUUAAGUGUAUAUAUGCUUAUCUAUUUAUGAAUAGUAUUCAAACAUGUAGAUGAAAAGAUAUUUGUGUAGUUAUAUGAUCCAUAUUUGAUCAAAUGUGCAACACAAACAUUUCUUUAUAUUGCUUAUUUAGAGUUAAAUGAAUGAUAAACCUGUUUAAUAAAAAUGCAUUUUGUAUGUUUGUAAAUUAUGAGUAGAGGUCUACUGGAGUCAGAUUGUUUUUAUAAUGUAAAAACAAAGUCUAAUUUGAACUCGAAUUAAAUGUUAUACAACAUU